AUGCUAGAUCCAAGGUACGUUUGGAUUGACGGCUGCUUCGACUUCACGCAUUACGGCCAUGCGGCUGCCAUGCUACAGGCGCGGCAGACCAUUGCGCCGGGCGAUUUGCCCUCACGCCUGUUUGCAGGUGUCCAUAGUGACGCAGAGAUCGCGCACCACAAGGGCGCCCCGCCAGUGAUGGAGGAGGAAGAGCGCUAUAUGCACGUGCAGCACAUCCGCUGGGUUGAUGAGAUCGUGAAAGACGCGCCAUACGUUACGGAACCCGCCGUCCUGGACUACUAUGCAUGCCAAUACGUGGUCCAUGGCGAUGACAUCACCCUUGACGCAGAAGGCCACGACUGCUACCAAGAGGUGAAGGAUUUGGGUCGCUUCCAGGUGGUGAAACGGACCUGCGGCGUUAGCACCACUGAGCUUAUCCAGCGCAUGCUGGACGGCCCGCGACCACAAGCGCCCAUGGAGCCCGUUGAUGCCUCAACAUUGCGACUGUUCGCGACAGCACGUGACGGAUUCAGCCCUUGGUGCUGGGUCUUCGACGGCACGCUCGACCGCUGCCUCGUUGAGGGCGGCUUUGUGUGGGAGCCGCAAGCGGCGGUAUACGUGGAGGACAACUUUGAUUUGUUCCACGCUGGCCACAUCGAGCGGCUCGCCCGUGUACGUGAUAUCGCAGGUGCGGAGCGCCUAGUUGUUGGGGUGCAAGCCGCGCCCAACGCUUACAUGACCCUGCGCGAGCGCGUACUCGGGGUACUGAGCUGCGACGCGGUCGAUGCAGUCGUCGUGGCGCCCGCGGCCGGCGUGACUGCUGAGUUGCGCUCCUUCUGUCUGCACGACCCCGCGCUGAACGGCGUCUUCGCGGGGCUUACCAGCAGCGCAAUUGCCGCGCGCGUGACCGCGCAGCGCAACCGCUACGCAGCGCGCAACAGGGCAAAGGGCAUAGUAUCGUAA